AUGAUGUCUGAACUUAGCUGGGUGUUUCAUGGUAGUACUGCACCAGAGACAGCAAAGGACAUCUCUCGAAUCAAUAAGAUACACAGCGGUGUGUGGAAACGCAAACCUGGAACAUUCAGUUCUGUAUGGGAAGGCAAAAUGACCAUCGUUGGCAUCUCCUACUUCGACACUUGGGCUCGCCGGGUGGUAGGAGCAUGUUGUCAAACGCCUCAUCCCAAUAUCCAAGCGGCGUAUCCGUUUUGGGGAGAGCAGCUGACCUCGCAUUUCGUGACCGAGCCUAGCCAUGGGUCUCAGUCGUUUGGAAACAAUUAUCCCCGAACCUGGGAUGAGGUAGAAGAGUUUUUCUAUUGGCUGCAAGACUUCCCCUAUGAGGAGCAGACUACUCCGAAGCAGAAGCAAAUCGGAGCAGAGACUGCUGAAUACUUCGUCCAAGGAUUUUGUGACUUCUGGUUUCCAGGUUUUCUUCAGUUCAUUGGUCGAGAUAUUAUUUUGACGUUCAUUCCACCGCAAUGCCGGCGCAGGCAGCGCAUGGGAGAACCCAACUGGCUGCGGUCAGAGUUAAUCAAGUUGGUGAUCAAAUUAUACUAUGAUGUUCAUGACUAUCUUCUGUCGGAUCCUUCAGAGCCAGACAUGACAUAUUUCCGAGGGCAACUGGCCCGCAUCGACCUCUCUACGGCUGAUUAUCAUAUUCGCAAGAAAAGGGGGUUGCAAGAUGGCCUCUUCAAGCUCUCUGCGCUAGCCCUGUUGAUCGGCAUAAUAAUU